AUGCCUAGUACUAUUUGGGAAAGUGGGAAAAGCGGGGAAAGUGGGAAAAGUUGCACUUUACGCUGUUGUUCUGCGGCCAUUUCAGAAUUGCAAACUAGCGCAAAGUUAAGGUACACCCGUUCUGUCCUGGCAGUCGCAAAGCCGGCUCUUUUCUGUACUUUCCUCCUGUUUGCAUUUUCAUCUCUCUUCUCUCUCUCUCUCUCUCUCUCUCGCUUUCUCUCUCUCUCUCUCUUCUCCUCUCGUCAUGCUUGUUUGCGUAAGGAUGAUGUGCAAGAGGCCACGAGUCAGUCUCUUACGUCUUGUUGCCUCCGUCAGGUGGGCUUCUCGCGCUGA